AUGGCCUCCAAACCUUUCAACGUCGCCGUCGUAGGCUACGGCCUCUCAGCCAAGGUCUUCCACAUUCCACUCAUCCUCGCAUUGUCAGAAGACUUUAAGCUAUACGGCAUUGUCCAGCGAACCCCAAAACCAGACGAUGAUGCAGCCAAGGACCACCAAGGCAUCAAGAGCUGGCGCUCAGUUGAUGAAGUCUACGCAGAUCCAGAAGUCGACGUUGUGAUCGUCACUACGACACCAGAGACACAUUUCGACAUGGCGAAGAAGAGCAUGGAAAGCGGCAAGAACGUCGUGGUGGAGAAGCCAUUCGUCCCAACAGCGAAGGAAGCACAAGAGCUCGCAGACAUUUCGAAGAAGACUGGCAAGAAGCUUGCUGUGUACCAGAACAGACGAUGGGACGCGGACUUCUUGACGCUGAAGAAAAUCAUGGCCGAUGGCGAUCUGGGAGAGAUUUCAGAGUUCGAAACACAUUUUGAUCGUCACCGGCCUGAUCCACCGCCAGCUGGAUCAUGGAAGAGCGAGGACAAGCCGGCGCAUGGAGCGUUGUAUGAUCUGGGCACACAUCUCAUCGAUCAAGUCUACAGCCUCUUCGGCAUGCCGAAGCGCGUGACCGGCUUCGUCGGCAUCUGCCGCCGCGGCGUCAACGGCGGCGCAGCAGACAGCAUCACCGUCCUCCUCCACUACCCCGGCCCCAUCCUCGUCACAGUCAAAGCCGGCGUCGUCAGCCCCGAAGAAGAACAACUCCGCUACUGGGUUCGCGGCACGAAAGGCAGCUUCAAGAAAUUCCACCUUGACGUCCAAGAAGAUCAACUACGCCUUCACGGUAUCGGGCCCGGUCAUAAGGAUUUCGGUGUGGAUCCUGAGAGCCAUUAUGGCACGCUUGUGAAAGUGCCGCAGGAGAAGGCGACGCCGCAGGUGCAGAGGUAUCCUACUGUGACGCCGGCGACGUAUGUGGAGUAUUAUAGGGUUUUCGGGAAGGCGUUGAGGGGAGAGGGGGAGGUGCCGGUCAGGGCGGAGGAGGCGGCGGAUGUGUUGAGGAUUAUUGAGGGGGUGUUGGUUAGUUCGAGGGAGGGGAGGACGGUGGAAUUCUAG